UCCUCGACAUUACAUAAACACAUUCACCCACUCCCAACACUUACACGCACUCCGUUAGCAGCCCGUCAUCUGACAGCACAAGCCCGUUACAGGCUUAUUUUUGUUGUGGACAUUGCACACAGAAGAGAACCAAAGAAAAGCUCGAGGAAGAAAUAUUGGACACAAAGAAGAAAUACAGGAAUAUCAGAACUUAAAUGUUUUUUUUUUUUUGUGGAGUCCCAAUUCUGUCCGCCUAUUCAAGGAGUGACUCUAGUUUUGGGUGAAUGGGUUGUCAUGGUGACUGACACUGGCAGUCUGACCCCACAAGAAGCUGCAGUAACCAGCCAGUGAAAGUAACUGGGAGUUAUCAGAAAACAGGAAGAAAGGAGGAGAGGAGAGGAAGAGAAUGGAGGACGGCUUCUCCAGCUACAGCAGUCUGUAUGACACAUCCUCACUGCUGCAGUUCUGCAAUGAUGACAGUGCCUCGGGAGCGAGCAGUAUGGAGGUGACGGACCGGAUCGCCUCCCUGGAGCAACGGGUUCAGAUGCAGGAGGACGAAAUUCAGCUACUCAAGUCGGCGCUGGCUGACGUGGUUAGGAGACUGAAUAUCUCAGAGGAGCAACAGGCCAUGCUCAACAGAAAAGGACCAACCAAAGAAGCAGCAGUGAAGAGAGACUCCUCUGACAGCAGUGUUGGGAAGCCAGCUAGACCUAUGAUCGCUGCCUUGCCCCUGAGGCCUACGGUCAAUAAUGGCACUGUCCUGCCUAAGAAGGCUGGCACACUACCAUCUCCCUCUGGCUCCAAGAAGGAAAGCAACACACCAGCAACCAAAAGCACUGUGAAGAGAACAAGUUCAUCAGAGCAUGUGGGGCCCAACAACAGAAAAGAUAGUGGCACAGAUUCCAAAAGUAAUCGCACACGCACCGGUUCCACAGGAAGCAACUCUAAUGGCAAGAGAGCCUCAGAGAGCAAACAGAGGGAGCCUGUGUUCAGUGCAGGGAUGCGACGUGUGACGCACUGCAAAGAUGAAGGGUAUGUCAAAAUGUAUUUGAAGGGACGACCCAUCACAAUGUACAUGCCCAAAGACCUGGUGGACACCUACUGCCUGGAAGCAAAGGCUGACUUGCCUCCUAAAAAACUGAAGCUAGAUUGGGUCUAUGGUUAUCGGGGCCGUGACUGUCGAUCCAACCUCUACUUGCUCCCGACGGGGGAAACGGUUUACUUCAUCGCCUCUGUGGUUGUGCUGUAUAAUGUGGAUGAGCAACUACAGAGACACUACACUGGACAUACUGAUGAUAUCAAGUGCCUAGCUGUCCAUCCUGAUAAAAUCACCAUAGCAACAGGACAAGUGGCUGGCACAUCCUCGGAGGGAAAACAGCUGGCCCCUCAUAUACGUGUAUGGGACUCUGUGAGUUUGAACACAUUGCAUGUCCUUGGAAGUGGUUUCUUUGACAGAGCUCUGGUGUGCCUCUCCUUCUCUAAGUCGAAUGGUGGUAGCUGGUUGUGUGUUGUGGAUGACUCCAAUGAUCACAUCCUCUCUGUAUGGGACUGGCAGAAGGAGGAAAGACUUGCUGAAGUUAAAUGCUCCAAUGAUUCUGUUUUCGCUGCUGAUUUCCACCCAACAGAUGCUAAUCUAAUUGUAACAUGUGGGAAGUUGCAUCUUUACUUCUGGUCAUUAGAGAAAGGGUCUCUUGUGAAGAAACAGGGUCUAUUUGAGUCAUAUUUAUUUUUAUUGCAGAAACAAGAGAAGCCCAAGUUUGUAUUGUGUGUGACUUUUUCAGAAAAUGGCGAAGCCAUCACUGGAGACUCAAGUGGAAAUAUAAUUGUUUGGGGCAAAGGCUCUAAUAGGAUUAGCCUUGCCAUUCAAGGAGCCCAUGAGUCGAGCGUCUUUGCGCUCUGCAUGUUGAGAAAUGGGACACUGGUCUCAGGUGGGAAGGACCGUAAACUCAUUUCCUGGGAUGGAAAUUAUCAAAAGAUUCAAACGGUAGAGGUGCCUGAGUUAUAUGGCCCUAUUCGAACUGUUGCUGAAGGAAAAGGUGAGACGGUUCUUAUUGGGACUACUAAAAACUAUGUCCUGCAAGGCAGUCUGGAUGGGGAAUUCAUACCUAUUACACAGGGCCACACAGAUGAGUUAUGGGGCCUGACUGUACACCCACUGAAGCAGCAGUUACUCACCUGUGGCCAUGACAAGCUUGUCUGCCUGUGGGACUCCGGCUCCCAUCAGCCCAUCUGGACCAAAACAUUGGAGGACAGUGCUCAAUCGGCCGUAUUCCAUCCUUCAGGGGCAAUGGUUGCUAUAGGAACACAGACGGGCAGGUGGCUUGUGCUUGAUACUGAAUCGAAGGAUCUAGUCACUAUGCACACGGAUGGGAACGAACAGCUGUCGGUUAUGCGCUUUUCACCAGAUGGCAAUUUCCUUGCAAUUGGGUCACAUGACAACUACAUCUACAUUUAUGCUGUGGCAGAAAAUGGCAAGAAAUACAACAGAGUUGGAAAGUGCUCAGGUCAUUCUAGUUUCAUUACCCAUCUGGACUGGUCUGUGGAUUCUCAGUACUUGGUAUCCAACUCAGGGGACUAUGAGAUACUUUACUGGAUCCCCUCUGUUUGCAAGCAAAUAGUUAGUGUGGAGACCACCCGUGACAUAGAAUGGGCCACUUUCACCUGUACUCUAGGCUUCCAUGUUUUCGGGCUGUGGCCAGAUGGCUCAGAUGGAACUGACAUCAACGCUGUGUGCAGUUCUAAUGCAAAGAGACUGCUCGUCACUGGAGACGACUUUGGAAAAGUUCACCUUUACUCAUUCCCUUGCUCUCAGUCCCGAGCCCCCAAUCACGUCUACGGUGGACACAGCAGCCAUGUCACCAACGUUAACUUCUUAUUCGAUGACAGUCACUUAGUCUCUACAGGAGGAAAGGACAUGAGUGUCAUGCAGUGGCGUGUGGUGUAAAGCAACUACUGUCACACUUUGUGUUUAUUUAUGUGGAAAACAUCAGAACUUGCUAAUUUUCUGGGAUCAAGUGGCUUGGGAAAUCAAAAAUGGGGACAUGGAGUAAAGACUAAAGUGGUGAAGGGGAGAGGGAGAAGCUGGUCUCUGUUUUAUUUGCCUUUAAUUGUUAUCUCAGGACCCCAAUAUUUUAAAUGACUGUCUGUUGACUGUCUCACAUGCUUUCAUUUGCUAUGAAAGAAUAAGAAUCUGCUCUAGAGGACAAAGGUAAACAUGAUGCCAAAGCACAUACAGGAAUUUACUUGGAGUGUACAAGACCAAUAUCAAGGUGCUGGCCAAUUCAUAACAUAACACUUAACGUAAUGUAAAAACAUCAGUACCAAGUCUUAAUGGAAAACCAUCAUGUAUUUAGGAAUUACUCGCAGCACACUGACUGUAUUUAAAAAGUGCAUGUUAACCAUCCAAUCUCCCGCCAUAAUCAAGCAUUUUUAUUUACUUUUGCUGCCAUCGUCUGGUUUAUUGAGGUACUGCAUCCACACGCCUAUGGCUGAUUUCAUUUUGAUCAGACUGUAUUAUUAUUAUUAUUAUUAUUAUUAUUUACAUAUUUUAAAUUCGAUUAGCAGUCCUAAAAUUCAUUUAAAGAAUACAAAGUAUGAUUCUGGUCAAAUAAAAGUGAUUGUACUGUACAUUUAAAACGAUUAAGGCCUUCAAAGACCUUCAGCAUUUUUGAAGUGAUCUUGCUAAAUCACUAAAGACACCAAUCUCUGUUUUGGUUUUAAUCCUCAGUCUGGCAUUAAAUCUGUUUUUGUGAAUCAUGUAUCUUAACUGACAGUCAAUGUAGAGCACAUUUACAUUAUAGUUAGGCUCCAUUUUCAUAACCUCCGCUUGAGAAACGAGAUCGAACUGUGAAGCCAAAUGACUAGGUUAUAAAUAAAAGGCUAAGCAUGCACACGUUUGUUUGUAACUUUCUAACCUAUGUUUCACACCCAUUGUCAGAUAUAUGACAUAGCCAUGAAAAAUGCUUUUUCAAAAACAGCGGAUUGUUGAUCCCAUAUUGGAGG